AUGCCGGUGUCCUCACAUGCUGGCUAUGGCCAGACUUUCGCUCCCUUCCCCCGUCUCCCGAUUGAAAUCCAGAUCUUCAUCCUGGAAUUAGCCGCAGGUCACUCCUCAUUCUUGUGGGCUGAAUGGUCGGGCCCAGGACUGACCAUGCUGGCACCGAUGGUCACCAUACCAGAGCUCAGCGAGGGUGACCUACCCGGCCUCAUCCCGUACUCUCUGCCCGACGGCAUGCCGAAGACUCUGCCAGCUUUCCCCCUGCCAGGUGGGUUUCCAGACCCGUCGGCACCGGCAGAUGCGUGGGUUGAUUGGGACACCUACGUAACUAUGAUGGAGCCCAAGCAAAACAAUUUGAGCCGAUUGGCCAGUUCCUUAAGAAAGUCUUUCGGGCAGACUACAUCGACUGAUGAGACUCAAAAUACUCUCGAGUAUAACCCGUUGCUGGAAUACUUGAAAACAUUCUCCCUAAGUCGCAAAAUAGCCUUCUCCAGGGCCAUCAUCAAGACAAAUCAGAUACUGCCGGCCAAUACAACAUCACACAGCAGUAGGCCAGUAUUUCACACGCUAAAUCAUGGAGCGUUAAGCAGCAAUAUUUUCAAAGACAUGAAAACAGGGAGAAACUGCUUUGUCUUUGUCCUCGGCAACGACACGUCCAAUGGGGAGCCUGAAUCUUUGAUGCUGCAGAGAGUCACCGACCCCAGCAGACAGUACACUUUUGUUUCGGCUUGGCUUGCUGAUAUUGAGCGCUGCAUAUUCGGGCAUCGACUCAGCUUCUCUCCUGGGCAGCAAAAGCUGGACAAGAGCAGGUUCAAGCAAGUCGAUUGGGCCAUGUGGUGGAGGCCUGAGCUGGGCGCUCGCGCGAGACGACCGGAGGCGAACCACUCCUUCUUCAUCCCCCCCGAGACCAUCCUUUCAAUAUAUUGCGCUGUCCUGCACCGUUUGAUUGGCGAUUACGCUCAUACUACAGGAACCUGCUCCGGGGAGGAUGAAUAUGGAGACGCCAUGUAUUCCUCUGGUGACUGGUACUUCCGACUCCUGGAAACGGGGAAAUGCAGUCGCUGCGGGAAGUCCUUGUUGGAUGACCUUCUUCAUAGUUUUCCCCAACUUAUAGACGAGGAUGGCCAUAUUGAUGUCUCGAUCUUACUAGAGAGAGGUACUUUUGAGAGGCCAGAGCUGACGACGGAUGCAAGAAGCCAUGAGCUGUAUUAUUGA